UAGCGUCGUACACCGUACGCAUGAACAUCAUGCAAUAUGCGACUGUGUUACUGUAUUUUAUUGCGCUUCAAAUGCAUAAAUUGGAAGCUAAGUUCCUUGAGGAUGUGAUAGAAUGGGUCAGAAACACAUUUCCAGUAAUAGAGCCACCAGUAUACGCAGCAUCAACUAUGGAUAGAAUGACUUGGCAUUGCGGUUCUAACACGUAUGAACUCUCGUUAAAAGUAUCAAAAUUUAUUGUCGAGAGGGCGUGUAAAAAAAUCAAGGAUAAGAUAAAUGAAGUGUGCUGGGAACAUGAUCGAUGUUAUGAAGAACAAAGCGGAAGAACCUAUUGCGAUAGGGGAUUUUGUUUCAAGCUAGAUAAGCUGGAAGACGACUAUCUCCCAUUUUUCAAUUUUUGCCCUACCACGCUCAUGUGCAAAGCCGUUGUAUAUUGG